AUGCAAAUAACGAUUGAGAAACGUCAAUGUUACCACCAAGAAGGAACUUUUCCUGUAAAGCUCCAUCAAAUGUUAGAAGCCGUAUCGGAUUCCUCGGAAAUGAGCCACUACGCCUCAUGGGAUCCUGAUGGCCGCUCCUUUACCAUCGCAGAUCCAAAGGAGUUUACCGACAAAAUCAUGAGCCACUUCUUCAAUCAAACAAAGUAUAAGAGUUUUCAGCGACAGCUCAACUUUUACGGUUUCUAUCGAACAUGUAGGGGCAAAAUCAGAGGUGUUUACUCGCAUCCCUUGUUUCAAAGAAACCAGCCUGCAUUGUGCAAUCAUAUGAAGAGACUCGAUUCACGAGAUCACAAGGAAGGCACAACUUCAAGCAACAAAACUUUGCGAAUGAGUUGUUCUAGUCUACAUCAGUUGCCCAAGGAGAUCACCAUUAAUGGCCCACGUUUGCAGCCUACGGAGAGCAAUUUUUCAAAACCAGUUUUCACACAAUCAGAAUAUCACGACAAAUCGCUGAACCCAUUGCCUUUCCCAACAUGCGCUUCUUCACCUUCCCAUUUGCGGACGGUGAGUGUCAAAACAGCGACCACGUCAGAAGAGAGCAGCUCAUGUUGCGACAGCAGUAUUGGAACGAUCGACAUAUUGCUGCCGGUGGACAAUUCAUGGGAAUUUAAUGGAAGUUUUGGUGAUGACUUUUUCCAAGCUUUAUAG